AUGGCUCCCAAACGAAACAUAUCUCAGGAUAUAGCCUAUCGAAAAAGACAAGCUCGACAAAUCAAGGACGCGAAUGAAGGCUCAGUCACACCGACUACGUCGGGGAGUGACACGGUUAGCCCUCGGCCAUCGAUCCCCGCGAAAACUGCCAGCGCGAACGACAAAAAUGGCCCCGGACCAAGGUUCAUUAUUGGCCUCGAUUUUGGAACAACCAUGACCUCAGUAUCAUACUACAAGCUCAAGUCUGGGAAACGUCCAGUCAACGUGGGUCGGAAUGCAAUCAAGUCCGUCACUCAUUGGCCAGGGUCAGGUCGGGAUCAGAGCAGAGGCGAAGUUCCAAGCGAGAUGUUCUACCUGGGGAGUAAUGAAUACCAUUGGGGCUAUGAGGCACGCAGGCACUUGAAGCAUGCCCACUCGACUGGGACAUCGUUGAAUGCUUCCAACAGGCUCAUCAGACUCACUAAGCUCAUACUGGAAAAUCCUGGUCUAGAUUUGGGAAAGGAUGAUGCAUUAAGCGAGGUGAAAGAGACGCUCAAACAUUUGGGGAAAACGGUGGAAGAUGUUAUUACAGACUAUUUGGUUGAAGUCUUCUGUUAUACCAAAAAGCAUUUGAAGGAUCACGAAACAUUUCGGGAGACAAGCCCAGUGGAAUUCUCCCUGGCUACUCCAGCUGGAUGGGCUAUGCGAACCUCUUGGUCCAUGCAAGAAAUAGUGAGAGAAGCCGCAGUGAAGGCUUCACUAUGUCAGCCAUCUGAAGCGCUAGACUUGUUCAUAAUCAAUGAGCCCGAGGCAGCUGCAGCCUUUGCCCUUGACGUGAUGAUCGGUACCAAACGGUUACAGAAAGGAGAAACAUUCUUGGUGUGCGAUGCUGGAGGUGGCACAGUGGAUAUCACCGCUUAUACCGUAAAGGCACAAAAUCCACUUCGCUUGGGUGAGGCAAUGGCCCCUACCGGUGCAGAUUAUGGUUCCACUUGCGUCAACCGGGCCAUGGAGAAAGACCUCCAAGAUCGCUUCAACUCCGACUCAGAAUCUGAUGCAGUCCUCUCCGAGAAGGGAAUUUCAAUCCAAUAUCAACUUUUUCACGAUGUCUUUCGAAAAUUUGAGGAAGAGCUGAAGCGUAAUUUCGAUUCUAGUCGCGGGUUAGACGGGUAUGAAUAUCUCGACUUCCACGGAUUAGAGCCAAAUCUACUCGGCGGAUUCGAGGGCAGCAUUAGCUUUGAAAGCAACAUGAUCAAGAUCUCUAGGAGUGGGGUGCAACAAUGGUUUCAACCAAGCCUUAAAGGUAUCGCGGGUUUAAUCCAAGAACAGCUCAAUAUCUCUGCAAAGAAGAAGUUGGUCAUACAGAAAGUUAUCUUCGUCGGUGGUUACUCCCAGUCGAACACAUUCCGACACUUCAUGGGGGAAAAGUUUCAACGCCUUCAAUUGAGCUAUCCGAAAGACAGUGGAUGGGAAGCGAUUGUCUCUGGCGGAGCUGUUUAUCGUGCGAUAGACAAGAGCAACGGACCUCGCCGAAGAAUCCUUGCAAACAUUGGCAUCCUACAAAUUGAACCACAAAACAGAAAGCUUGCGGCACAUCGAAACAUUGUUCCCUACUUUAACCCAUGCGACGAAAAGUAUUACAUCGACAACUGUUUGAAUUGGAUUAUCAAAAAGGGUCGCGUCGUAGAAUUUGACGAAACUUUCACGGAAACAUACUUCCAGAUCAUCGAAGAAGGUCAAGAUCUGGAAAUCAGGCAAAGGCUCUUUUAUUCUGAAAAGAACGAUAUCAAGGACCACUAUCAGUUAGAACACGAGAUGAAUAGAGGGAUUUCUCAAUCUGCUGCACUGAUCGUGGUAGAUCUCACAGAGCUUAUGGACCAGUACCCAUUGCCGCUGGAAGAAAAUGCAGGGAACAGAUUUUAUGUGGUCUGGUAUGAUAUUCUCGCACGCCUUACUGGUCGUAACCUAGAGGUCUCCCUAAGGUAUCCGGCAGGCCAAGAAGUCCGAGGGUCAGUUCAGGUCUGCAUUGCGGCAUCGUUUCGGCCAGGUGUAGCGUGA